GGACGACGGCGGCACACUCUGCUUCUCACUGACGCCGCCGGCCACGCCUCCGCCCGCCGCUCCGCCCGCCGCCUACGAGCUGCGGCUCCAGGCCCCCACCGCGCGCUGCAGAGCUCGCGCGGGCGGAUUCAGCGCGAUGGGGGACGACGGGGCGGAAGGGGAGGCGCCGCGCUGCGUCGGCUGCGGCCGGCGCGUGAGGACGCUCUUCGUGCAGUACUCCCCGGGCAACAUCCGUUUGAUGAAAUGCGAUGUCUGCAAGGCUGUCGCUGAUCCCUACAUCGAGUGUGAAUUCAUGAUUAUCUUGAUCGAUCUGAUUCUACACAAGACCAGGGCAUACCGACAUCUACUGUUCAAUAAGCUGCACAUUGGUUCAUCUCUUGACAAGGGAAUACUGUGCCAGUUCAUUGUGAUGCAUAUCGUUCUUGACGCUUUCAGAAUAUCAGUUUCAAAAAACAACAAAGCUGAUGGAGAUUCUUCCAGGAGCACAUUGUCCACAAUUUGCAAUUGCAGCGAGGUUCUGGGUGAUGCAUUGUUAGGAAACAUCAUAUUUACGGCCAUGUUACUCCUGGGAGUAUCGACAGAUUCUGUUAGCCAUCAUCAUUUCGAGCUAUGUCAAGUUAUUUCUUCUGACAAUGAUGGUUUGGGAGUUUCCAUCAUCUGCUAUAUUCAUCGUCGAAACAUUUGUUCUCUCAUCAAAUGUUGUAGCCCUGAGAGUGGUGACACGGUUCCCAAAAGCCCACUGCGUUGGGGUCUGCUUCAUGGCGCACGCGGCAAAGCACUUGACGGAACGGUGGCUCAUGUGGACACCAUGAACAUGAAUUUAUCAAGACUUGCCGCCGUCUUACUCCAAGUGUUCGUGCAGAGUGGAACUGGACCGUGCCGGAACUGGAAAACGGGGACCCAUCCUGCUGGCCUCUGUACUGAGGCCCUGCAGGCUGAGCGAUCGCGGUCCGGUGAGCGUACGCCUGAGAGACUGAAGAGGCAGUCUGUAGAGAUGGGCCGUCACUUUCGCCUACUUAUGGCCCAAGUAGGAGUAGCUACUUACUUGCCCUGUUCACGCCCGGAAGUGCGUCAGCCAGCUGACAGGGCCCCUCUACCUUCUGAUUCUUUCUCAGUUGUACACCCGUUGUAGAACAAAGAGCUUUUGGGUGAACGCACUUCCGAGUAGAGUUAUUACUGCGCCUUUUCCAGUAACAGGGUUUGUUUGCAGGUUUUCACUUUUCACGGACACUUCCUCUCUACUGACGAUGUGCGUUCGUAGAGUGCUGAGCCUUUUCUAGUACGCAUCUACAGGCCUCCUUUGGUUUGCAAAUUUUUUGGUAGUAUUCAUGUGGUUUAGAGCCCUUUAGUUUGCAUGAUGAAUGGAUCCGUAUUCCUAUA